AUGGCGGAAUCAAGUUUCGAUUCCGUCGAUGAGGAAUAUGCAGAGAUUGUUGUAGUUCGUCAUGGAGAAACAUCUUGGAAUGCGGAGAGAAAAAUCCAGGGUCAUUUAGAUGUUGAAUUAAACGAUGCAGGAAGACAACAAGCAGAGAGAGUUGCGGAGAGGUUAUCAAAGGAGCCAAAGAUAUCUUAUGUCUACUCUUCUGACUUGAAGAGAGCCUUUGAGACCGCUCAGAUCAUUGCAGCUAAAUGCGGCAAUCUUGAGGUACUUACUGAUCGUGAUUUGCGAGAGAGACAUUUAGGAGACAUGCAAGGUCUUGUGUAUCAAGAAGCUUCCAAAAUCCGCCCUGAAGCUUACAAGGCCUUUUCAUCUAACCGCACAGACGUUGACAUUCCUGGUGGUGGAGAAAGUCUUGACAAGCUUUACGACAGAUGUACAUCUGCGUUACAGAGAAUCGGUGACAAACAUAAAGGUGAGAGAGUAGUGGUGGUGAGUCAUGGAGGUGUGAUUCGAUCUCUCUACGAAAGAGCUCGUCCAAGUGCACGGAAAGUUGAAAAGAUUCUCAACACAUCGGUGAAUGUGUUCCGUUUGUACGACGGAGACAAAUGGACGAUCCAAGUUUGGGGCGAUGUGACUCAUUUGGACCAAACCGGUUUCUUACAGUCCGGUUUUGGUGGUGACAGAACCUCUGGUUAG